GUUUUGGGAGAAGCUCAGGGAGGGGCUCACCCCAGCCCAUCCCACAGGGUCCCUCAUGGCUAAGCCGGAGCCGGAGCCAGUGCUGGAGCAGGCGGAGAAGAUGGAGGUGCCGGCUUGUGCCGGUUCAGUGCAGCUGGUGGUCCCCAAGGCCGAGGAGAUGGCUGGGGGUGACAGCGCAGAGCUGGGGGCUGCCGGGGAGCUGGGGGGCCUGGAGCUCAGCUGCUCAGAGGACUGGCUGGUGAGGAAGGUGAAGGUGGAAGAGGAGGAUGAAGAGUGGUCAGCUGGCCCCGGCACUGAGGCCCUGCUGGCGGGGCAGGCUCCGGAUGGUGCCUUCCCCCACACAGCAGGCAUACCGGACUGCACCGGUGCCUGUGCCUGCAAACCAGAGCCGCUGCUCCCGGAGGAGCUGGGCUACGGCACACUGCCCGCCUUCACCCUGCCACCAUGGCCACUGCUGAGCCAGAGCCUGGCUGGCGCUGGCAGCUGUGAGCGCUGCUGCCAGGCACGGCUCAGCCCAGGGAUGCCGGUGGGCGACGGUGACGGCAACGACGGUGAGCCCCAGCCCCACGGGUGCUGCAGGACGCCGGCCCCAGAGCGGCCCUUUGCCUGUGCGCAGUGCGGGAAGGGCUUUGGGAAGAAGGCUCACCUGACGCGGCACCUGCGGGUGCACACGGGCGAGCGGCCCUACCCCUGCGGGCAGUGCGGGCGCCGGUUCCGGCAGAAGAUCCACCUGCGCUCACACCAGAAGACACACACAGGUGAGCGGCCCUUCCCCUGCCCUGAAUGCGGCCGCCGCUUCCGCAAGAAGACGCACCUGGUGCGGCACCACCGCACGCACACGGGCGAGCGGCCCUUCCCCUGCACCCGCUGCGGCCGCUGCUUUGCACACAAGCAGCACCUCCUGCGGCACCAGCGCCUGCACGACGAGCCAGCGGAGACAGCAGACGGUGAGGGGGUCGCAGCUGAGCAGAAGCCUUUCCCCUGCCCCGAGUGUGGGAAGAGCUUCAGCUGGAAGAAGAACCUGGCAUCACACCGCCGGCUGCACCGCGAGGGCCGGCCCUUCACUUGCGCCGAGUGCGGCCGCGGCUUUGGCGACAAGCGGCACCUGACGGCGCACCUGCGGGGGCACAUGGGGCUGAAGCCGUUUGCCUGCCCACACUGCGAGAAGACCUUCAGCCACAAGCCCAACCUGGCCACGCACCAGCUGGCGCAUGCCGGCGAGCGGCCCUUCACCUGCCCGCAGUGCGCCCGUGCCUUCACCCUGCGCCAGCACCUCCUGCGGCACCUGCGGGUGCACACGGGUGAGCGGCCCUUCGCCUGCCCACAGUGCGGCCGGCGCUUUGGCUCCCGGACCAACCUCGUGGCACACGCCAAGGUGCACGCCGGCACCCGGCCCUUCGCCUGCGAGCUGUGUGGUCGCGGCUUCGGGCGCAAGUCGCACUUGGCACGGCACCAGGCGGUGCACACCGGCACCCGGCCCCACGCCUGUGCACAGUGUGGCAAGCGCUUCAGCUCCAAGACCAACCUAGUGCGGCACCAGGCGGUGCACACUGGGCACCGGCCCUACAUCUGUACCCACUGCGGCAAGAGCUUCAGCCGCAAGACGCACCUCCUGCGCCACGAGCGCACGCACGCUGCUGCCAACACCACCGCUGCAGACAGUGUGCCACAGCAGAGCUGGACGGCACCCGCCGCGCCGGCACCCACCGCGAUCUGCCCACUGACAGAUCCAGGGUCCCCGGCUGGGAUGGAGGGUCACAGUGAGGCAGCUGCCAAGGAGGAGGAGGAGGAAGAGGAGGAGGAGGAAGGGGUGCGGAUCACCCCGCAGCUGCUGAAGGCCGCCACUGGCGAGUUUGCUCUGGAGUCCAUCCUGCUGCUGCGCCUGCGGGGCCGCGGCAUCGCGCACUUGGGCUGCCUGGGCGACUGCACCAACCUGGAGUGGCUGGACCUGUCUGGCAACGCCAUCGCCCAGCUGGGGCCGCUGGCUGCCCUCCGCUCCCUUGCUGUCCUCAACCUGUCCCGCAACCGCGUGUCCAGCCUGGAGCCGCUUGCCUCCUGCCGCAGCCUGCAGAGCCUCAACCUGGCCGGCAACCUGGUGAGCAGCCUGCGGGCACUGCGGUGCCUGGCGGGGCUGCGGCACCUCGAGAGCCUGCGACUGCGUGACCCCCUUGCCCGUCUUGACAACCCGCUCUGUGCCGUGGCUGCCUACCGCGACGCGCUGGCCGACAUGCUGCCCGGCCUCAAGGCCAUUGACGGCGAGCGGGUGGCCGGCUGCGGCAGUGAGCUCUACCAGCUCUGCCGGGAUCUCGACAGCUCGCUGGGACACAGUGCCGGUGGUGGUGCCGGCGGCGGUGCCGGUGCUGACCCACCCCGUGCAGCUCAGCCCUGGGUAGAGGCUGGUUUCUGGGAGCCGCGGCCGCCGCGGCGCAGCUCCAUCAUGGAGGAGGCGUACAGACAGUUCAGGGAGGUGCUGCAGGAGUGCCGGGAGCUGGGCCGCCGCGCCGACGACACCAUUGCCCAGGCAGAGCGGGCGCUCAGCACCCGCCAUGACCCCAGCUCCUUUAAUAACUCGGGGGAGGAGGAGGAGGAGGAGAAGGAGGAGGAGGAGGAGGAGGGGGGAUACAGACACAGCGGGGCCUCUCCCUGUGCGGCCGAGCUUCGCCUCUCGGCGCUUCCCUGCUCACCGGCUCUUCUCUCUUGCUCUGCCAGGGCCCAGGAGCAGCCAUUUGGAGGAAGUCGGGGACGAGCGGAGCCCGCGACCGUGGCGGAAGGCGGAGGGGAAGCACGGCCGCCGCCCGGCGCCCUCCCCGGCGCUCAUGUCCUCUCCCCUCGCCGGGCGGCCCCGAGGGGAGCCAUGUCUGCAGGGGGAGCGCCCCAGCCUUCCCACGCCCUGAACCUGCUGCCAUACCCCCGGCUGAGUGAGGUGCCAAGAGCCGGACACGAGCUGGAUGCUGUCGGCACUGAGAUCCCGUCCGACCCCUGCACAGGCUACAGGUUCUUCAAGCCUGGCGGGUUGUUUGGCAUCAAGCAGUCGGAGGAACCGUACCCCGAAGGGCAGCAGAUGCAGGAGGACAGCAAGAUCCUCGUGAGCCCCUGUGCGGUUGAGCCCGGCCGAGUGAACAAAGUCGAGCAGCCCGAGGAGAAGCCUGGGGUAGCUGCUGGGGCCCUGGAGCUGUACCCAGCCACCACCAGCAGCUCCAGCCGCUGGUUCCACGCUGGGCAGCGCGCACCAGAGCGCGCCGGCACGGAGCGAGACAGCGCCACCAGCCUCAGCCCGCUGUCCACCCGGGUGGCCUGCUGGGUACCGCAGCUCGGCGCUGGCCCCUUCCGCUGCGCCCAGUGCGGGAAAGGGUUCCGCCAGAAGCAAAGCCUCAUCACACACGAGAGGAUACACACCGGGGAGAAGCCUUACCGGUGCGGGGACUGCGGAAAGAGCUUCAGCCAGCGCCCCAACCUCCUGACCCACCGCCGUGUACACACCGGGGAGCGCCCAUUCCCCUGCACGCAGUGUGGCAAGAGCUUCAGCCAGAAGGCCAACCUCCUAGCACACCAGCGCAUCCAUGCCGCUGGGGACAAGGCACUAGCGGGCGGCGAGCAGGAGGAUGGUGGUUCCGGCAAGCCAAAGCUGCGAUCCCAAGGGAGGAGUUACCAGGAGGACACCCCCUUCGUGUGCCCUGAGUGUGGGAAGAGCUUUCGGCAGAAGCCCAACCUCAUCACCCACCGACGCAUCCACACUGGUGAGAGGCCCUUCACCUGCUUCCUCUGCGGCAGGAGCUUCAACCAGAAGACCAACCUGGUGACCCACUACCGUGUCCACACUGGAGAGCGCCCCUUCGCCUGCACCCAGUGCGGCAAGCGCUUCACCCAGAAAACCAACCUGGUGACGCACCAGAGCACCCACACGGACCUCCGCCCCUUCCCCUGCGGGCAGUGCCAGAAGUGCUUCAAGGACAAGGUCUCCCUCAAAGCCCACCAGAAGACACAUGCCCCACGCCAGCGGCGCUGCCCAGGCCGCAGUCCUGCUGCUGGGCUGCCCUAUGGGGCUGCACCCACCCUGCUGCAGCCUGGGGGGCCUGAGCAAGAGCCCCCCUUCAGUUCUGUGCCGCCACUGCCCAUUCAGAAGAUCCCUGAGGGCCAGGAGCUGUACUCCUGCACAGAGAAGAGCUUUCCCCCAAAGGAGCCACUCCUGCCACCACAGCACGCUGCCCUGGGUGAGCAGACCUUCCCCUGUGUCCAGUGUGGGGAGGGCUUCUGCCAGAAGGUGGCUCUCCUCAGGCCACAACACUGUCCCACCACUGAGGCUCCUGGUGCUGGCACAGCAGCCUUCACCCAUGGCCCGCACCUCCUGGGGCCACUGGGCGUGCAGCCGGUCCUUGGGGAGGCGACCGCCACGGCCCCCACAGCCCCUGGGGCAGAGAAGCCCUUCAUAUGUAACCAGUGCGGCAACAGCUUCGGUCUCUGGCUGUCCCUCGUGGCCCACCAGAAGAGCCACACCGGGCAGAAGUGCUACCCAUGCCCUGAGCACGAGAAGAGCUCUGGCGAUGAGCUCUCCCCCAAAGCUCUCCAGGACAAGCAGGUGGAGGGGAGGGCCUGGCUGUGCCCUGAAUGCGGCAGAAGCUUCCCCCAGUACGAGCGGUUGGUGAAGCACCGGCAGAACCACCGUGGGAGAGGGCCCUACCGCUGCGAUGUCUGCGGCAAGAGGUUCAGCCUCAAGACCAACCUGGUGACUCACCAGCGCAUCCACACUGGUGAGCGGCCUUUCACCUGUGGUGUCUGCGGACGCCGCUUCAACCAGAAAGGUAACCUGGUGACCCACUACCGCACCCACACCGGGGAGCGCCCCUUCGCCUGCACCCAGUGUGGCAAGCGUUUUGCCCAGAAGCCUAACCUCAUUGCCCACCAGAAGACCCACACGGGCCGGCAGCCUUUCACCUGCCUCGAGUGUCCCAAGCGCUUCAAGAGCAAGCUGUCCCUGCGGGUACACCAGCGGGUGCACGUGGCUGAGCGGCCCCAGGGCGAGCCAGGCCAACCCCCCGCACCGCAGAGCCAUGCCAGCAGCCCCUACCCCUGCUCACUGUGUGGGGAGAGCUUUGAGGAGCACGGGGAGCUGCAGCUGCACCGGCAGGGCCACGCUGGGGAGCGGCCCCACGCCUGUGCUGAGUGCGGGAAGCGCUUCCGCCAGAAGGUGAACUUGGCUGUUCACCAGAGAACCCACACCGGGGAGAGACCAUUCCGCUGUGCCGAGUGCGGCAAGGGCUUCAGCCAGAAGGCUCACCUGCUCCGGCACCGCAGGACGCAUGCCGGUGCCAUCCCACCUUCCUGCUGCGAGGGCACCUGCCCGGCACACCAGGACGAGCCAGACGGCAGCGGCGCUCCCCUGGGAAAAGGCUCAGAGCCCCCCGGCCUGCUGCUGCCCCCCUGCUCCCGUGGAGCCGCUCAUGGAUCGCUGCCUCGGGAUGAGCUCCGGCCAGGAGCGCAGCCCCCCAACAGACCGGAGAGCCCCUCGGGCGCAGCCGACAUCCUCCUGCAGCUGAUGCAGGAAGAGCAGCAGCACCUCGUGCCUGGCUCCCACCCCCCGCAGGAGGGACCUCCGGGGUCCUGUAAGUGCACCGAGAGCGGGGAGGGCUUGAGCCCAAAGCCGCCAAGCCUGCUGCCGCAGUGCUGCUGCGCUGACUGCCUCAGCCAGCGGCAGCUGCUCCUCAAGCCGCAGCCCGAGUGCCGAGCUGAGCUCUGGUGCAAGUACGGCGGCUGUGCCAGGAGCUUUGAGGAGAAACGAGUCCUGAGAGUGCCUGAGAGAGCGCACGGCGAAGAGAAGCCCUCACCGUGCCCCAGCUGCUUGUAACGCCGGUGCGGGCUGCCCAGACCCGCCUCUGGCGAGAGCCUGCAUCACCUUGCUCCUGCACUAAAAGACACCGAAGCUGAAGAGGCGGCAGCUCGUGCUCACCAAAUGAGGACAGUGCCGAGGGAGAGCCGCUGGCCGGGACUCAUGGUGCCUGCCAGGACACAGAGGUGAUGGCGGCUCAGGAGGCUCCACGGCCCCUGUGCAGGACUUGGGAAGCAGGACUUGGAUGUGCCACAGGAGCUUCUGUCUUUUGAACGUACCAAAUCUGUAGAGGGGACAGAGCUGAGGAGCAGAGACAGACCUUGGGUCUGCGACACCGGCUCCUGCUGUGGCUGUGCAGACCGUUGUGAAUGGGAAGAGCUCGGGAUCUGGGAUCCGUCGGCUUAAAAAUCCGCUUCUGCCAGGCAGUGGCACAUCUGCCUGCUCCUGCCUCCAUCUCCAUCAUGCUGGGUGAUGCAUGGACCCAGAGACGCUGUGGGGCAGGUAGGGGCCUCCAUGGGUCAAGAGCUUUACCCAGAACCCCCUGUCCUUCUCUUCCAGAGUGGAUGUCACUCCACAAGGAUGCAUUUGGGAUGGAGAGCUGUGACCCACUGGCCUGGCCAGAGCAGGACUGGGACUCAACUGGGACUUCCUGUUGAUAGGCAGCACAGUCGAGCCUGGGGCUACCCCAGGGGUGGCAGGAGGAGCCAGGAAAAUGGGAAAAGCUGGGAAAAUGGCCUUGAAGCAUCUCAGCUCACCUCUGUUUCUGAAAGGGACCUGGAGAAGCUUCUCCUCUGAGGUCGGAGGGGCAUGGGGGAAGACGGGGGGUGGGAAAGGGGGGUGGUGGGUGCUUAUGCUUCUCUGCUUGCUCUGUGGGUAAUCGUUCUGCCUUGCGCCUCUUUCUGGUACUCACUUCACUCCUGAACAGGUAACAUUGACACACCAGUGGAGCUGCAGCGGCUGUGGUCUUGCUGGAGCUGUUGUAGCUGUUGGCACUGGUGGCGGUGUCUGCCCCUUUCCCUGCUAGCAGUUGGGGGGAUGCAGGAGUACAGGUUUCCUCACCGGGGCUCAUCGGGCAUCUCCGCUUCCCCCUCAGUGUGGCAGAGCCAUGGAGCUGCGUGGUCAGGGCAGAAACAGGAACCAAAUGCUCAAAAGAUGUCCUGAUCCAAAAGGGGAAAAGGGCUUUGCCUGCUGCCGGAGGGAGACCGGUGUCUCCCUGUGCACGGCUCCAGCCACUGGACAAAGACCUUCCUUGAAAACACGGGGUGGGGUGUCACCAGUGCCCAGCUCGGUGCAGCACCGUGCACGUCUUUGGGGUGCAUCCAAAGGGAUGCAGCGCGCAGCUUUGCCACCCACCAGGGCCAAGGGGACACCAGGACACAGGUCACAACCAGAGCCUCGCCACCCCUGUUCCCUCUCGCUCUGCUCCAGCUGCGUUUCAGGUCCUUGCAAUUCUAUUUUUUGAGGUUAUUUAAAAUAAAAGCUUUCUCACAGCA